UUUAAGCCCCACGAAUAUUUUGGUCUGCUUGCUCGUGCCAGCUUGCAGAGGCAGCAGUUUUCUGUCGUGUUUCCAUAACAGCUGUAAAAAUGUCUCUGAAGACAGUGGGCACUGCAUUAACCCGCACACUAUGGACCAGAGGAAACAGGACCCCUCCUGUGAUUGGUUCCCCAAAAACCAGCAGACUGUCUUCAGCAUGCAGGGAGUUUGGAGGAGGAAAGCAGGGCCAUGAAAAAAGUUGCAGCUCCAACUCGGAGAAACCACCGACUGCGGACGUGACGUCCUCCAGCGAACCGCCUCACAGAUGCACGAAAGGGGAGAAGAAAAGAGCCAAGGAGCCCGUGGGUGCUCCGGGUGUGUCUGGUGUGAGAAGGCGCUCAUACACCUCUAAUGCAGCUCCAGCUGACCAGAGGUCCUACCUGUGGGCUCGGUACAAUGACAUGAAACGGAUGGUUCACGACCUGAUCCCACCAGGGGCGUGCAACCUCCUCAACUCUUCCACCAUUUACGCCAACAAUGAGGUCAGCCUGGCGGAGGUGGACAUCUACGGCUUUGACUAUGACUACACGUUAGCGCUGUACUCGAAUGCCCUGGAUGCAGCGAUCUUCAACACAGCAAAGGGUUUCCUUGUUGAGCACUUUAAGUACCCUGAAGGCAUCGCCAAAUAUGAUUACAUUCCCAACUUUGCCGCCCGGGGUCUUCACUACGACAUUGAAAAGGGCCUUUUGAUGAAGAUAGACGCCUUCCACUACAUUCAGCCAGGAACAGUGCAUCGGGGACUGAGCCCGUUACCAGAUGAGGAGAUCAGUCAGCUCUACGGAGGGACCUACCACGUCCCUCUGCAGCAAGACAGUGGCUUCUAUGGAAAGGGACCAAAGGUGAAGCAGUUCAUGGACAUCUUCUCCAUCCCUGAGAUGACCCUGUUGGCUGUAGCAAAUGAUUAUUUCGUCACCAACGGCAUCGAGUAUGAUCCGGUUCACCUCUUCAAGGACGUCUCAGAAGCUAUCGGCAUGGUUCACCUCAAAGGUUUCAUGUAUAAAUGGAUCAUGGAAGAUCUCAAGAAGUUCAUUUUGAGGGGUGAAGAAACUGAUGCUGUUCUGCACCGAUUGGUCAGCAAUGGGAAGAAACUCUUCCUCAUCACUAACAGCCCCUUCAGCUUUGUUGACAAAGGCAUGACGUACAUGGUGGGGAAGAACUGGAGAGACUUCUUUGAUGUUGUCAUUGUGCAGGCAGACAAACCUCACUUCUUCACUGAUUGUAUCAGACCUUUCAGAUGUUUGGAUGGUAAUGGAGACCUGCGGUGGGAAAAGAUAAACACUUUGGAAAAAGGACAGAUCUACAAACAGGGAAACUUGUUUGACUUUCUCAGACUGACAGGCUGGAGAGGCUCAAAGGUUCUUUACUUUGGAGACCAUCUCUACAGUGACUUGGCAGACCUGAUGUUGAGACAUGGCUGGAGAACAGCAGCCAUUGUGCCUGAGCUUGAGCAUGAAACCAAAGUGGUGAGCACGAACCAGUACGCUCUGAACCUCACCUGGCUGCAGGCUUUAACCGGGAUAAUGGAGCGCUUGCAGAUCCAUCGGGAUGGAGAGUCUAAAGAGGUUUUUCAGGAGUGGCAGAAAGAGAGAGACGAACUCAAGGUGAUGAUAAAGAACCUGUUCAACCCUCAGUUUGGCAGCAUCUUCAGAACGUCUCACAAUCCCACCUACUUCUCCAGACGCCUCUCGCGUUUCUCAGACCUGUACAUGGCCUCUGUCAGCUGUCUCUUGAACUACGACCUCUCAUACACUUUCUACCCUCGGCGCACCCCGCUGCAGCACGAGGCUCCCCUGUGGAUGGACCAGCUCUGCACCGGCUGCAUGAAGACGCCUUUCCUGGAGGAGAUGUCGCACAUACGAUGAGAGCUGGUCUCUCAGUGACUGUGAUUUUAUUAUUUAGACUUUUUGAACACUCUUCAUGGCCUGAGUUUUCUUAUUAGACAAGUAGGUGCCACACAACUUCCUGCACAAGGCAAACAUUCCUGUUACAUACAGUGACUCACUUCCCCUCUAUAUCCACUAGAGGGAGCUGUAGCUUAAGCUGAUGUUUAUAGAGCAUACCAUUCGGUUGAAUCUGCUUUGGUACAAGACUGAUAAACGCAUGGGAAUGCUGAGCAAUAUUAAGCUGUCCGCGCACAAUUACAACAAAAUAAACUACCUGACGUACUUA